UCGCCUUUGCAUUACAGUGUGACACCACGCGCUGGUUGUUGAACGGCCGUUGUUCAGGUUUCGAGUGAAUUUCGAUAAAUGUGACUUUUAAUUUUCAAUAAUAACCAUAUCAAUAGUAAUAACAAAAUAAAAUUCGUCAUGUUUUCGCAAUAGUAUUAAAGCAGAAAGAAAAAUGAUGACCAUAAUUUUAUUAAACGAUAUCGAAAAAGUGGAUCUUUGUAAUUAAGUCAGUGCCUAAUUGACUAAACGUCAAUAUGUGUAGCUUAUUAUGAUACUGUGGGAGAUCUUUAUUAUACUUCAUGGAUUUCAUUUUGGCUGGUGCUCGUCUGCUGGCCAAGCUCCCGACGAUAUUACCGUUAUAUUUUUAAGUCCAAAUACUGUUCAAGUAUCUUGGAAAAUAUCUCUCAGAGGUAUCGAAAAAUAUGAUGUCAUGUAUAAACCUACCAACGCCAGUUACAGGGUAGUAGCAGAAAUAGCAGUAAACUCCGAUUCCGUGACACUUGGCAACUUGAUGCCCAAUACUCAGUAUCAAGUUAUUGUCACAGCCUUUAAAGCAGGUCGACGUUAUCGAAGUAGACCGGUUAUAUUCAAAACACUGGAAAAAGGAGUGUCUUGGCCAGACUCUCAACAAUCUUCGAUGAAUUCAAGUGACGUUAGUAUUUCUUCUCCAGACAUUGUUGGUGGUUCUGCUCAUACCAUAACUCCGGAAGAUGCUACAUCCGCUCCUUAUAUUCAAGUACGAGGUAUUGAAAUUACUAUAGUGGUGUUAGUUUUAAUGGUAUGGGUAGGUGCAAUUAUUAUGUUCUUCAACCGGUGGGGUAAAAUCAGAAUGCUCAUACCAUACCAACCCGAUUAUAAGGAUACACAACUUAAAGUUCCAGGAACGGGAGCUUGCAAUACAACUACCUCGUGCCAAAAUCAAACGGGUACCGGUUUUUGCUGUUCUCAGAGACACUUGAUGCGCUGCGUUCUAACUGACCAAUUGGAUUGGCGCGUGCAAAAGUUGUUGCGCUCUCGAUCUCGGAUCAACUCAGCCAUUUACAUCAGUCCAAUCUACCAGGACGCUCAUAUCAGGAACGGCAUAUCGGUAAGGCCAAUCCGGAAAGCUCGAAGUGCUGACUAUUUACCGCAGUACGAUUACAGUGGUUGGGCCAAUGGCCCACAACUAUCGCUGCCCCUGUCUAGAGUCGGCAACAACUUUACUGUUGGUGUCAACACAAUCAACGGGAGCGGUCAACAAAAGCACAUUAAACGGUUCCAAUUACCAACUGUCUCUAUAUCAAUAGCCUCCGACUCGGAUAAAGCACUCAACGAACUACUAAUUUAGAUGCCAAUUUCGACAUUAUUACUCACAGUUUUCCUAAAAUACUUGUCAAUUUCAAAUACAAACACACCUCGGUGAAAAUCUGUACAACUAUACACUUCAAGAAAAGCUUUUUAAAAUGGUUUAGCUCAAUUUUAAUCAUUUAUUUAGUAUGGUCGGGUUAUAAUGUAAACUACUAUACAAUACAAAUUAAAAUAAUUAUGCCCACAGUUUUAUUUCUUUAGGAUUAUUAUAUUCUUGACCUCCAAUAUAUUAUUAACAAAAAAUAAUUUACUUUUUAAAAUAGAAUUCAACAUCUCGGAAAGAGUUACUUGAAUUAAAAUUUUUAUCAUUUUGUAUUUAUUUCUCUAUAUGUAUAUAUUUUUUAAAUCGUUGAAUAACUCAAAAUGUAAAUACUUACUUGUGUAUAGUAUAUUUAUUAAUUUUUAAUUCAAUAAUAUUAUAAUUACUAAUGCAAAUAUCAAUUUAAAAUGAUCUCGAAGGAUUAUCAAAGAGUUUGUAUGAAAAAAAAGUUGUAGGAUAAUAUGAAUUCUUCUAUUUAACAAUAAAAAUAUAUAUAGAUCUAACCACAAAACGCUUACUAUCAGGGGGUAGGUACUUCUUACCCUAUACGCCGGGCGGUAAGUUUUAGAGGCGACUUUGAAUAUGAAGUAGUAUACAUUAAGUCCAGGACCUUAUUUUUUUUAAUAGCGAUGCUUAUAAAGUAGAACAAUAUUUUUUUGAUGAGCAAAAUAAAAUGAUCAUUGAGAAUAAAGAACUGAAUACAAUUGCGGUCAUACUUGCAACAGACUAUAAGUCACGAGACCAAAAAUUUAUGUCACUAAAAUUUGUCUAAAUAGACUGUACUCAUUCUUUUGUUUUUCGCUAUAAAAAUAACAUAUUAAAAAAUUGUGUAUUAAAUAAAAAUGACAACUAACAAGUGUUCUUAUAGUUGUUAAGAUAUUAAAGUAAUCAGAAAAUAUUUUUAGAAAAUUGAUAUAGUAUAAAAUUUUAUUGAAUGUCCUAUAUAGAAUUUUAAAAUCUCAUGUAAAUGUUUUUUCAUCAUUUAUAAACUUUAAAUAUUAAAAAAUGCUGUAUGAGAGAAGGAUUAUUGGAUUAACGAAAGUAGAAGAAAUGUUGAUUUUUUUAUGUUUAUAUUGCCCGAAAUCAAAUCAAGAAACGUGUGCUUUCAUAACUUAUGAUCACUAAAGUUACGCGAUAAUAUAUUUUUUAUAAAAUACAUUAUUUCUAAGUAUAAGUGUUUAUUGACCAAUUAUUAUAAAAAAAAUAAAACAAAAUCCAGCCUUUUUUUUUUUUUUAAGUCAAAUCAACAUUCCGAGUCAAAUCAAACUCAACCCUGUAAUAAAGAGAAUUGUUAUCCUUAAAAAAAACCAUUUCUGUUUGUUAAAAAUUUAAUUUCAUUAAAUUACAAUUUUUUUUUUGAAAAUGUUUAGGCUAGUAUUUCAUUUUUUUUUUAAAUCCGUUAAUUUAUUAGUCAAUUUAAGAUUUUCAUGAGAUUAUGGUCGAUUUAAUAGAGCACUUAUUAGAUUAUAUAUUUUAUCAAAUUAUUAAUUAAUCAGAAAAGUCAACCAUUAUUGCAUUGAACAAUAGUUAUACAAGAUAUUUAAUUAGUAAUCAAAUUACAAUAAAAAAUAAAUAAGAUGAGUUCUUAAAUUUUUAUUAUAUUUAUCUGAUAUAAUAUGUUUAAACCGAUUAAAUUAAUAUUUUGUGAGUAAAAUUAUAUAAAAAAAAUGUAUUAUUCAAUUGUGUGUAAUAAAUUAGAAAUAAUCACAAAAAAGCUCAAAAUAAAUAAACAAUGUAUUAAACUUUUUUUAUAACAUUUUAAUUUAACUUUAUUAUUAUUAUUAAGUUUAUUAUUAUUUUACUUUUUUGUGGAAUCGCCUAUGCACGAAAAAAUGACCCAAAUAGAAUAAUUGAUAUCAUAAAUUGUAUUGAUUUAAUGUAAUAUGAUUAAAGAAGUAGAAAAACAUAUAAAUUUAAAAGUAUGGCAUUCAUAUUAUGCAAGUAUGAAAGCAAAAACAUUAAGAUGUAAUGGGUUUUUUCAUUUUUAAAUUUCACUAUUGAAAAGUUGAUUUUUAGUUUAAUCAUUAUUCUUGUGCAUAGGGAAUGUUAUGAAAGUUGACUAAUGAUAUUUACAUAAGUUUAAAUCAUUUACCUCUCAAUGCUCGUGCCAAAACUAAAUGCAAUGCAUAAAUCAUUACAUAUGUAUAAAUAAAAAAUAUAUACACUGAGAGUCAGCAUUUUCUGACAUGUGAAAUAACUUUUGAUCUACAUCAAUUUUUUCAAACGAUUGUAUCAAUUACAUUAUAUUUAAUUUUAUGAUUGAUUAGCAUCAUUAUUACAAAUUGUUUACUUAACUUAUAAUCAAUUUUUAUUCAAUUUUUUCAAAUUCAAUAUGUAACAUACGCAAAAAUUCGUAUAAAAAUUAAUUAUAAGUAGCGUAAAGUUAAUAAAGCAAUUCAUGAAAAAUAAUUACAUUUAUAAAUUUGUAUAAAUUAAAAAUAUUUGUUUAUAGAAGUAUUUAAUGAAAUGAUAAUUAUUGAUUAUAGAAAACAUAAACAGUCAAACAAUAAAAACUUUUAACACAUGGAAAUUCUCAUCCAUUUUCAUGGAUAAUUACGUACUUUAUAGUAUAUAACUACAAAUAUAAUUAAAAGUAAAUAAAUUUGUGAGCACUACGAUUGAAAUUAUUUCAUUUAAUGCACAUAAUUAAACUAAUUCAUAUUAAACAAAAACUACUAUAGACAUAUAAUUUAAAAACAUAUUUUGGUUACUCUAUUAAAAAAAUUAUUACUUCAAAUAUAAGAACCAUUUAUCAAUAAUAAUGACGUAUUUUCAAAAAAAUUUAAAUACUUCUAUUGAAGGGGGUGCUAAACCCUUUUUGUUUUACUAUACCUCUUGAAAUGAAUAAUGAUUUCUAAAUUUUAGUAGAUCUAAGGGCAGAGACAUCAAAAUAAUUUGAAAAUAUAUUCUCCAUAAAAAUAAUGUAUGCCUAAUAACUGAUAUAUUAAUUGAUUUACUUUUUUAGUCUAGUCAUUGGUUUCUGGUGAAGUGGGUGACUAGGAGACCCACCUAAAAUACUGAUCAACCUAACACCGAAAAAACAAAUCGUAUAAAUUAAUAUGAAUAUGUUUUUAUUUUACUGCGUUUUAUAAGAAAAUUUAAAAAAUAAUAGGGAAAUGUGUGCAUUUUAUUAAAUUUCCUAAUAUAAAGAAAGUCUUUUUGAUUAGUUUUGAUUUAAUUCUAAUAAACUUGUCUAAUUAACAGUCAUUAUAUUAAAAAAAUAUUAUCUAAAUAAAAAUAUAUGGGUACUUCACAAUUUAAUUUUUUUAAUCAAAAUUUAACUUUACAUUUUUUAUAUAAUUAAAAUUUUACUGUCAUACUUCUAGAUCAAUGCCAAAAAAAUGUUUAAUGGUAAGAUUUUUACCAUAAGGCUAAUUAAUCAUAAACAAAAAUUAUUAAUUAUUAUUAUAUCUAUUAUUAUUUUUUA